CAGGGAGACUGCUGCGCACACCAUGUCAAAGAAAAAAGGACUGAGUGCAGAAGAAAAGAGAACCCGUAUGAUGGAAAUAUUUUUUGAGACAAAAGAUGUAUUUCAACUAAAAGACCUGGAGAAGCUUGCUUCCAAAGAGAAGGGCAUCACUGCUAUGUCUGUCAAAGUGGUCCUUCAGAGUUUGGUAGAUGAUGGCAUGAUUGACUGCGAGAGAAUUGGAACUUCCAAUUACUAUUGGGCCUUUUCCAAACAAAGCCAGGGAAUGAAAGGUCUGACUUUUCAGCUAUGGGAGGGAAGCCAGAGGCAUGCAAACCUACAGAAGAGCAUUGAGAAAGCUAGAAUUGGGUGGCAAGAGACAGAUGAACAAGCCAUGCUUACAAAAGAACUUUCUUCAUUUCGGAACCAAAGGGAACAACUUAAAGCAGAAGUCGAAAAAUACAGAGAAUGUGGACCUCGAGUUGUGGGAGAGAUAUGUCAAGCCAAUAAAGUAGCCAAAGAAGCCGCCAAGUGA